AGGCUGCUCCUUAGUGUUGAGCUACAGACGAGGAGCCCAUUGGCUUCAUGGAAAUGUGGUGAGGGGGGAGCGGGGCUUCCUGCGCUAUAAAAGCGGAAUGUGCGCGCGUGGAGAGGACGGUACCUUCAGUCAGUCGACCGGUGAGCAUCACAGAAAUCCACACGCAGACACGCACAGCGAAGCCAUGAGUGAGAGACAAGCAUCUGGCCCAAUGACCGGAAACAGCAAAGCAUCUGUCCAAGGGCUUCAAGGUCAACAAAAGGUACCAUCUAAGCAAGAAAAGAAGAACAACCUCCCCCCGGAUUUCGACAUCGACAUGGACGCCCCGGAGACGGCGAAGGCUGCUGUGACCAUCCAGUCACAGUUCAGGAAAUUCCAGAAAAAGAAGCAGGAUGUGAAGUCGUAGAGUGGCAUCUCUUAGCCUCGUCUUCAGCUGACGUGGGCCCGGUCAUGCAUGUCAAUUAAACUGCAUCAUUAUGAACUGGAAAGGGAGGGUGAGGGCGAGAUUCCUGAAGGUGGAGGUAGAAGGGUGCGGUUAAAUUGUACCUUUGUGAAAGUCUGUGCAUAAUGAAUAACUUUACUAUAUACAAAAUGUUGCAUUAUUACUUUCUUGGUGUAUGUAUUUAGAUAAUAAUAUAAUUUUGCUAUUUCUUUUUUACUUCAGUGACACUUUACAGUGUGGUUUCACACUCACUGCACACCCACAUAAACAGGAAGCUGGCAGGUCUUCUCAUGUAAUGUUAAACAGCGAUCUUUGAUUGAUGCUAUAAUCUGGGUCACAGUACCAGCAGAAGAGUUGGGCUCCACUGGAGGCCUGUUACUGGCUUCUUCCUGUGGCUGAGCAGAGUGAUUCCAUACUGUUACCAGUGUCUUUAAAAUCCAAUCAGUUUAGUGUCUCUAAAUGUGUUCACAUGUCAGAGAUCUCCUCUCCGACACACUUUUCCCCCGAUGACUCUCUCAGUUGUAUCUUUGUUGAGACUGCAGAUGUUGUGAUUGUGGUUCUUUGUUGUGGUUCCAGUGUGAUUGUUCAUUGUUAGAUUGGCUCACGUGUAUUGUUCAAGCACACACAUGCAUGCAUGAAAGCUCACACAUACGUGCACACAUGCAU